AGUUUUAAAUUCCCGGUCAUUGAGCCGCUGUUUUCAGUUGUUCGAGCUCAGUAACGACCAGUUUACUGAACAUGCUUUCGAUAAAUUAGCAGAGAGGAGAUUUUAAUUUGUUUUCUAUUUUUGAUACUUAUUCCAUCGACGUUUUAAAUGUAGAGUCUUAAUCGAACAGCUCGUGCCUGCCUAACACUUUUCCACCAAUAACGGGCUGUCAGUGGCAAGCAAUGGAGGUUGGCACAGUUGUGCAGGAAGAAAUUAAAUUUCGAGGGGCUGAAUAUGCUGUCAAGGUCGAGAUGGUAGAGCGGCUACUAAUCAUAGAGAUUUCAGAUGUUGUUACAGCAGCCCAGUGGAGAGGAGAGUUUGAUCCUGCCUAUAUUGAGGACCUGACCCGGAAAACUGGGAAUUUUAAACAGUUUCCAGUAUUCUGCAGCAUGCUUGAGUCUGCUGUCAACAAGUCCAGUGAAUCAGUGACCCUUGACCUCUUGACCUAUUCUGACCUCGAGCUUCUGCGGAACAGAAAGGCAGGUGUAGUUGGCCGACCUCGUGCUCAGCCACAGUCUCCUGCCCUCAGUGCUAAACGAUACCUCAUCCUCAUCUACACUGUGGAGUUUGACAGGAUACACUAUCCUCUUCCACUUCCAUAUCUGGGCAAACCUGAUCCUGCAGAGCUUCAAAGAGAGAUCAGAGCUCUGAGGGCCGAGCUGAAAACACUGGGACUGAGAGGAGACCACAAAGUAUCAGACCAGGAAACACACAAGCUCCGUGCAGAGUUGGCUUUGGUGAGAGAUGAAAAGGAAGCCUUGGCCAAGGCUCUGGAUCGUCUACAGAUGGUAGGGGCUGGUUCUACUCCUGGGGCUCGUGGGCUCAGAGAGGCAGUGCGCAGCCUGGAGGAACAGCUGCUGAAGGAAAGGGCAAAAAGCCAGCGCUCUGCAAGCAAGAGGAGCCAAGAACAGCGCCUCCUUCUGGAACAGUUGGAGGAACUCCGAGCAUCAGAGCGGGCUCUACGGAUACGUGUUAAAAGUCUGACCACUGAGCUGGCCUUGUUAAGACGCGGUCGAGCGAUGCCAGUCAUGUCUGGCCGAAGUGGUCUCAGGGGUGAUGGAGAGGUUCAUCGGUCUUUAUCCAGAGAGCGCAGUUUGACCCGUGUGGGGGUAAGAGCGCGCUCGGGGUCGAGGGAGAGGAUGGAGGACAGGACUCGGAGGUCAGAGGAGAGAAUUAGGAGGGCAGACUCUUCAGGGUCUCGGAAUUGCAUCACAAGACCCUCACCAUCUCCAACAGGGUCACGGGUGCCUCGGUUUGACCCUACGGCUUUCAUUCAAGACCGACAACGACGCCAAAAAGAGACCGAGAUGAAGAACAUUGCCCUGUCUGUGAGCAGGAAUGCGGUUUACUUUGAAAGUCAGAGGAAGAUUAGAAGGGACAUGCUGGCUUCACCGUCUCUGAUGGAAAGAGGGCGUUCACGCUCCAGGGAGCCCGUUCCUCAGCUGAUGAGAGCAGGAAGUGCUGGCAGGAGGAGGAGUGUGUCUGUGGAGAGCAGGAGGAGUCGGUGCUCUUCAGAAGGAUCAGUAGCCGAGUUUGAAGAGCUUGCUAAGCCUCUAAAUAGCAGAGGAAGGAAACUGGCAUAUAAUGGUCCAGCUGUGUCCAGAGGAAGACACAUAAACAAAAAACCAAUGUGUAGCACCCCGGCCCAAAGGAUGAGAGCGGCAGACACAUCUAUUGACACGGGUGCUGACCUGUCAGAGAUUGACGCUCGACUCCAGGCCCUGCAGGACUACAUGCGGGACCUUGACACGGGACACUAAUCUCGAUGGAUUUAGAUGUCGAUCAAGGCUUUUUGCACAAAGACUGAGACUGAAAACUUGUACAAUCAUUUCUUUCAAACACUGUGUACAGACGUGUCUGUAUCAUAGUCAUUCAUACAAAUGAGACUCGAACGGCGUUUAUUUUCUUUAUCCCUAAUGUAACUUUUGGGCUUGACUCAAAAUGCAGUUAUGGUGGCUUUGUGAAGGGGAUUCUUGAGACUGUUGCCAUAUAAGACUUGAAGUAAACCAGAAGUGUCCAAAAGUAUGACCUCAGGAUAUACCGUUUUUAACACAUUCCUCUGUACAUUUUAUGAAUUAGUGUUUGUUUGACCAUUGUUAUUGUUUUAUAUAUAUAUUAGUCUGUGUUUUAUGUCCGUUUUAGAUGCUCUCAUAUUUAGUUUUUGUGAGAUACUGAAAAACAAAGCUUUUUUUAUAUAAAAGGAUUUUGCAGUUCAUGUCUAUUCUUUACAGACACUUUGGAAUUAUAUCACUGAGCAUAUUGGAAUGUGAUAUGCUUUUUAUUUAUACAGGUUAUUGUUCCUAUAACAACUGAUAAAGGAUGGCAUUAGCAAUAGCAACACUAUGGUUAUAGAUUUGAUUCCAAGGUAGUGAUAAAGUGGAUGUCUUUAUAAGUUGCCUAGUAAGCAUCUGCCAAAUGCAUAAAUGUACAUGCUGCAGAGAUCAUGUCUUUUGGCAUGUAACAUUGCUUCAUUUGUGGCCAUUUAAUAAUUUUUGCCAUUUCUCACAAAGUCUCUCUCUUCUUUUUAAUGUGACCCCACCAAAAUCUUGUAUGUAGAAUAUCAAAUGCAUUAAAUUAGUCUUUAAUUGUGGUAAUGAGGCUAGAAUUUUCAAACCUUUCUAGAUAUAUAAAAUGACACGAUCAUCUA